CCCUCUUUAACCUAACCAAAAAAACCGCCGCUUCUUUCCCCCACCGCCAGAAGCCGAAGCAGAAGCAGAAGCAGAAGCAGCGCGCUCCGCUUUCUCUGCAGAAGCAGACCAUGGCUAGCUUGAGCAGCCAGCAAGUGUUGAAGGAGAAACAGACUCGCGACGCUGACACCAUUACUUCUAUCUCUCUCACUCACAGAAAUCUUUCCGAUAUUUCAUGCUUGAGCGAAUUCCAAAACUUGGAAAGGCUCGACCUUGCCUUCAAUAAUCUCACUUCUCUCCAGGGACUGAGUUCGUGUGUGAAGUUGAAGUGGUUGUCAGUUGUGCAAAACAAAUUGGAAAGCUUGAAAGGAAUUGAAUCACUCUCUAACCUCACUGUGUUAAACGCGGGAAAAAAUAAGAUUAAAUCAAUUGAUGAAGUUCGGUCUCUGGUUAGCUUACGCGCCUUGAUUUUGAACGACAAUGAGAUUGUUUCGAUUUGCAAACUUGAUCAAAUGAAGGAGUUGAACACUCUUGUUUUGUCUAGAAAUCCAAUCCGUGAAAUUGGUGAAUCUCUGUUCAAGGUGAAAUCUAUGACAAAGCUUUCACUCUCGAAUUGUCAUCUUCAGACCAUUGGCUCAUCACUGAAAUCCUGCAUUGAGCUGAAAGAGCUCCGACUUGCUCAUAAUGAUAUCAAGACUCUUCCAGCUGAAUUGGCUCAUAACAAGAAGCUCCAGAAUUUGGACUUGGGGAAUAAUUUGAUCACAAGAUGGUCAGAUGUAAAGGUGCUGAGUUCUCUAGUUGAUCUGAAAAACCUUAAUCUACUGGGAAACCCAAUUGCUGAGAAUGCCAAAAUAACCAAGAAGGUCCAGAAAUUUUUGCCAAACUUGCAUAUAUUCAAUGCUAGACCUGUAGAUAAAAGUGCCAGGAACGAAAUCAGUGGUAGAGCUGAUGAUUCUUCACUUAUCCCUACCAAUGAGCUUGACUAUCAUUCAGAAAAGAAAAAAGACCAUACAAGGGAUGUGAAUUCCUCCAAGCAUGUGACGGAUCAAAGACGUGAUCACUUUGAUAAUGCUAGUGAUGAUGCGGAGAAGGAUUUGAGGCAAAAAAGGAAGAAAACAAAGGGUAAAGUCUCAAAGAUGGAAGAAGCUUCAACUGAUGAAAAGGAUGAUGCUGUGAUUGAAAAGAAAUUAAAGAGGAAAAAACCACAUGAGGAGCUAUUGAAAAACAAUGAUGAUAAGAUCCAUAAUGAUGAUAGAACUAAAGUUGAAAAGAAACUGAAGAGUAAAAAGUCAAGGAAAGAACUAAGUGAACUCGAUAUUAUCGAUAACGGGGAAGUAUCAUUUGCAGACCUUUUCUCGGUUGAUGCUGUAGAAAAUCUGAAACAUAACAGUGAAAGUAAAACAGUUGACAAAAGUGGUAUAAAUGUUCUGGGUGGCUUGCUUGCUGUCUCUGCAAAGAAAAAGAAAACUAAAAACCAGGGUUUGGUUUCUACAGUCCCAUUGUCCCCUGCAGUUGAAGUUGGAAUGGGUGGACCUUCAACAUGGGGUGAUGAGUAGGUAUUGAGAAUGCUUUGGGCUUCUAAGUUUUCGUCCUUUAGUUCAACUACUCUUCUGACAUCAUCCCAAUGUCUCCUGCUUCUACACCCGGUUCCUUUCCAAUUGAGAUGGUGAGUUUCUAGGCACUGUUUUAUCUCCACAUUGGUGGUUUGGUAUUAUGAUGAUUUAGGGGCAGAAGCCUUGCACUCUUUUGGUGAAGAAUUUUUCUCACACCAUCAAAAACUUUUUUGAAAUUAAUCAGCUAUAUCACGAGCUACGAUUGGAUUUUGGACAAUUUGUAUGCUGAAUGGUGAUUUUUGACGAUUUGAGUCCUGUCAUGUGUGUGUUGGUGAGCAUGUGCCGACCUGUGUUCUGCUUCAUCCUAGACAUUCUACAUAUUCCUGGAUUUUUAACUUAGUAGAGGCAUGACCAAAUCUCCCCCCUGGUCCUGUCAGACCUCAUGCUAUUUCUGUUUUCUAGUUCAGCUCGUACCACACGAUCAACUGCCUACAGUAAAAGCUCUGCGUGCAGAAACGUGGAUUAUUUAUGAUAAAGCAUUGUAUGCGAGAUCAAAACGUGGCUGAGAAGGAUACUUUAGUAACUGUUGAAGUAUUACCAAUGUAUUUUUAAACAUUAUACAUGUAGUCGUAAAAUUGUAGGUUCCAGUCUUUUGGGGGCAUUUGAUACCUUUGACCUUUCAGUUUUGGCUGCUGCUGCUGCUUGAAUGAUGUCGGUCUUGUUAUGCUGUUA